GUGAAGAUAAAUGCAUUAAUUGUGGAUUUGACAGAUUCGCUGCUAAUAAAAAUUGGAAUUCUUUGUCGAAUUCUCCAACAAAUAAAGCUCAAUGGCGUAAAUUACUAUGGAUAAAACAAGAUUAUCCUGAUAAUUACGUAGAUAGUUCAUUUCUCGAAGAACUACAAAAGAAUGUUAAUGUUAGAGCAUACGAUUAUUGGAAUGUAUUAAAAGAAUCGUGUGUAAUUUCACAACAUAUAAGUAGCAUAGUAAUUUUUAUUGCAGUAUUCAUAUAUCUUUAUUUUGAUAUGCUAUCGGCACAAAAUUUAAUUAUAAGUGGUACCAUAUUUACUAUAAUUGGAUAUAUUUUUUGGGAUAAAAGUAUUUCGAAAACAGAUCCAUCUUAUGAAUACAAAAGAUGGAAAACUGCAAAAGGAGCUGUACUUUUCUUUGCAACACUAUUAUGUAUAUCACCAAUUUUAAAAACUUUAACAAAAGAUACAAGUAGUGAUACAAUAUGGGCAGUAACUGUUAUUUUAUUUCUUGCAAAUAUGUUAUUUCAUGAUUAUGGUUCAGAGAAUAGAACAAACAUCAAGUUUCCCGGAUCUUUGUCAACGAAUGCUGCAAUAUUUGCUUCGGUUUUGCUAGCUUCAAGAUUACCUUCAAAUUCUCAUGUCUUUGGAUUAAUGUCAUUUGCUAUUGAAUGGUUUGCUUUGUUUCCAAUAUUUAGAAGAUAUACCAAACAUUAA